AACUAUUUGUGUGAUUGUAACCCUCAUUCAUUUCCGCUUCCGUUUCGUCACUUCCACUCCGAGCGGGGUUGGAAUCACAGCAACAGUAACAGAACAUGAGUACUUUGACACCAGAUCACCGAACAAACUGCCAGUAACCCGUUUUCCCCCCUCCGUGUCUUUAAAACGCAUUACUCUCCAUCUCCAUUGCUGCCCAAUAUGCACCGUCCGCGCCCGGUCGCCUUCGCCGGAGCGGUCGUCCGAACUGCGCAGAUGUGGACAUCUCGGUAGCUAUCGCUAGCUCUCUCCGGCUGCUGCCUGGUCGCAUCACUGAAGGGACAGUCUCGCUUUAAAGUCUAAAGGCUUAUCAACAUGAAUCUGUUCCGCCUCAUAUGUCGCCAUAAAACGGCUCUGGUCAUCGGCUCCGUAUGCAGUUUUGCCGUCGUCCUGGUUUUCUUGGCCAAAUGCACCUCAGAAACCCUGAAGCAGGAUCAUCCCGCCCCUCCGGGUUUGGCCCCCAACACCAACGCAUUGAAGUUCCGUCCGGAGUCGCACAACCCCCUUUCCACUUCCAAAGCCUUGUCUGCUUUUCUUGUGGUGCUCAUCACAACGGGACCUAAGUACACAGAACGCAGGAGUAUCAUCCGCAGCACCUGGCUCGCCAAGCGGGACUCUGAUGUUCUGGCUUUGUUCGUGGUCGGGACUCAAGGCCUUUUGAGCGACGACCUUCAAAACCUAAACACAGAACAAGGCCGCCACAAAGACUUGCUCCUGCUGCCUGAUCUGCGAGACUCAUAUGAGAACUUAACACUCAAGCUGCUGCACAUGUACUCCUGGCUGGACCAGAACGUGGACUUCAAGUUUGUCUUCAAAGCGGACGACGACACAUUUGCUCGCUUGGAUCUCCUGAAAGAAGAGCUGAAGAGCAAAGAGCCCAGCAAGCUGUACUGGGGCUUCUUUUCUGGAAGAGGCCGCGUAAAGACGGCUGGGAAGUGGCGUGAAGGUGCCUGGGAGCUCUGUGACUAUUACCUUCCGUACGCACUCGGCGGCGGUUACAUUCUCUCAGCCGACCUGGUCCGUUUUGUGCAUCUCAACGCAGGCUACUUAAAGAUGUGGCAAAGCGAGGAUGUGUCGCUGGGUGCCUGGUUGGCGCCUGUGGAUGUCCGGCGGACGCACGACCCGCGCUUUGACACGGAGUACAAGUCGCGUGGUUGCAACAACAAAUACUUAGUGACACAUAAGCAGAGUUUGGAGGACAUGCUGGAAAAGCACCAGACUCUGCAGCGGGAGGGCAGGCUCUGCAAGGAGGAGGUCAAGCUGAGACUGUCCUACGUGUACGACUGGAGCGUGCCGCCCUCUCAGUGCUGCCAAAGAAAGGAUGGAAUUCCAUAACGCUUAUUUCAUUAGAGUCAAAUGAUCUGCUUUGAAGAAUAUACUUGCCAUGUCAGGAUUAUGUCCUUUCUUUCAAACUGUUGUGGAACUGGUACUAGACCUUUAGCAGAACUGUUGAGGCAAACGUCUUUGUCAAGCACAGAGGUAACAAGGCCUGUUGUUUUUCCCCAUAACACCCACAUUUAAAAUAGAAACUAGAGCAGCUUUGACUAGUUUCUUUUUACCUUCUAAACCCCGACUAAUGUGCAGAAACCAACUACAUGGUUAAAAAAAAACGUUUUGGUUGAAACCCACCACAUCCCGAUUCCCUUUUGGCUCCUCUGACCUUUCUCUUGGAAUCGGUGCACACCUUUGACCUUCGUCUUUCCCCUCUGUGCUUCAGCUGCUCAUGCUAUCGUUUCUUUUUUCAAACACUACUUGUAGUUUUGUGUUGUAAUUCAGUGAAAUUUGUAGUACAGGGAAUUAGGAGAUUCAUAUCCUACCAUGGUGUCUGUUUUUGCUAAAGCGUACUUUAUUUAUUUGUAACUUAUUCUACAGCCGGUUGGUAUUGAGUAUCGACAUGAUUACAGCAUCUGCUGCUUGUUUCCUAAAGUUGACUGCUGACAAAAGUUUGUUUUUUUAUGUUAUGCCGGAUUGAUUUGAGAGGUUUUUGUUUUUUGGUGCAAAUGCAUUAAAUGCAUUUAGUUCCAUCUGUUCUGUUUACAACGCUGCUGCAGGAACCCUGCUGCUCCAGUGCAAUGGUCCCAUUGUCUGUAUAUGAGACAUGGACUGAGUGACUCCUCCCCCCGUGUUCCAAACAGGCUGGUUCCAAGAAGCCAAAAUCCCAUAGACUUCUAUUGAGAACUAAACAGUUAUUAUUGUAUUUGUCAGAACAAAUAUUCUUAAUCUUCUGGAUUUUUUUAACAUGUUGUGAUUAAUCCUUCCCCCCCCCCCGCACAUUUCAUAACUUUAUCACAAGUCAUUCAAGUUAAAAACAGACCAAACAUGCCUCAUUAAAAGCGUCCGUAUGGCUGAAAAAUGGCAACUAAUUUGGCUACAUUUUGCUGGAGUAAGGCAUUUUCUAUGGGUGACAUGAUCACAGGCACUCAGUCCAGUUCUCUUAUACAGUCAAUGGGUGGUCCUCAUGUUUGGUGGAGUUCAGGUUUGGAUGCUCGUGGAAUUAUUUUCUUUGUUCUUUUUUUUUGCUCCACAUUAAGGUAUUUUUUCAUACGUUGUUUUUAAGACGCAUUUCUCUAACUCUAGCGUUGUGAUUUCCGUGUUGCAAAUAUUUGAAAACUGUGCAAAGGUUUUGACAACAGAAAUAUUUUGGAACUCAAAAUAGAGGAACGCUCAGGUUUCCUCUUCUGAACAGCAGUUUCUGCAGGAUUGAUACAGACAUGACGAUACAGACGGUGCAAAAUAAAGGAUGCGUAUUGAAAUAACUAAUGCAAAUAUGUGUUAUUAUAGCAAUACUGCUAGUCUAAAGGCAGGGAAAUACACACAUAAUACCACAUGGAAAUAAUAACUUUUAAUUAGAAAACAGUACAUUUCUAGGAAGAUAAAAGGGUUGCAGGGCUGUGAGUGUGAGUUUCCUUCAUGGAUAUUGGAAAAACUGCUCCAGAUCUCACUGGUUUUUACAGAGAGAGCAUUUUGUCCAAAAGCUAUUUUCCUGUAUUUGUGUGUUUGUCUCAUACCCGAUGAGCCACCCUGGAUGUUUUAUUAAAAAUGUGAACUGUAA